GUGCCAUAUAAAGAAAUGUGUCUGCAGUGUGUUAAAGGAAAGAAAACAGUUGUCCGUUGUCUCCUACGCAUACAAUGCAGCUGUCAAAUGAAAUAACCCACCGACCCUAAAAAUGAAACUUGAGAGCAGUUGUUCAUGGACAGUCUCUCAGACUCUCUUUGUCGCUCACUUCCACAUCCAGUAAAGUUUAUUACUCCCAUGUUGUGUAUAAUAAACCCAAAGGCUUAAACAAGCUAACAGGAUCAUUCAGAUGUUGAAGCUCAUUGUAAAGAUUUUAAAUGCUUUUAAGGACAGGAUAAUGUACAGUCAGCUGAUUAUUAUCUAAAAAUAAAUCAACGUUAGGGGUUUUGUUUUACGGAAGCGAGUGGCUGCCUUAACAUUAUCCUGCUUAUAACAUUACUGCUCACCAAAAUGAAUCAAUGAUCAUAAAAUAUAGAUUGCCCAUGCAAUUGUGUGUGUGUGUGAGAGAGAGAGAGACAGGGCGGAGUAAGUGAUUUUGAGCGAGGCACGUGGGGUCGAUACAGUAGUGAGAGAGUUUGUAUCUGGGGGGUUAUAAUUUGCGCUCACAAGCCGGCUGGUAAAAAUAUACUCCUAAGCACAGAGCGCAUGAACGAUUAAUAGAUCUGUGCAAGAAGGAAGAGCACAUCUGAACAGUGAGAUGGUACAGUGAGUGUUAGGAAGGAGGGAGGAGAAGAGAAAUGUGAGUCUGGUGUGUGGCUUUGCUGUCUGGGGCGGAUCUCUGUAAAGCACUGAAGCGUUCGGCUACAUUCCCACACUGCAGUGCUGUCAUAGCUGGAUAAACUACCAUCUGCUUCUUCUGAUGCUGCAAACACAGGACUGAAGCUCUGAUCUGUUCAAUGGAGACUAGUUGCAUGUUCGGAUUUUCAGUUGGUGUCUGAAAGAAGAGAGGACCACGUUAUGUCGAUUGGUAACAGGAAAUUGGAGUGACACUGGAAUAUCCACUGGGAAAAUCCUAUGGGACAGACACACACAGUUUUAUUCAGGCACAUGUGAUGCUGUUGUAAGGAAUCCGCAGAUUCGUAAGAACUUGGACAUUCUGUGUCAUGUCUUUGUGGAUUUAAUAGCAUUAUCUCAAAGUGUCCAAGUUGGAGUUUUGCCUUAUGACAAGCUGAAUGGAUGCACCCAUUAUGUUCCAAGUAAAGAAGAUAUUUUGCACACUUUUCCUUUAAGGGAAGCUCCAAGGGAUUCUACCUUAAGUUACUGACGGUGGUAUAAUUAAAUAGGUUAUUAUGUUCAUUUCCACUAGGGAGAUUUAGCAAAGGUAGUCACACGGUUUAGUCAGUUUUAGUCGGUUCACAAACUGGCGUGUGGCAGAAUGGAAUCGUGACAUUCACAUGAUGCUUUGUGGCUUGAGGAAAGAGGGUCGCAACAACAGCGAUGAUGGCCCAUACACAAAGGAAAAAAAAGACUCGGCUGCGAGUGACGGCCUAACCAAGAGGUGCAGUCUCGCCGAUGAACAGAGAGGUGUGACGACUGUUGAACUGAUUAAAAAAGAGGGCAGUAGUCUCGGCCUCACCAUCUCCGGAGGCUGUGACAAGGAUGGCAAGCCGAAAGUGUCAAACCUGAGACCCGGAGGUCUCGCAGCCCGGAGUGACCAGCUCAAUGUUGGUGACUACAUCAAAUCAGUCAACGGGAUAAACCUGUCCAAACUGAGACACGAUGAGAUCAUCAGCAUGCUGAAGAACAUCGGCGAGCGUGUGGUGCUGGAGGUUGAGUAUGAGCUUCCUCCGUUCGCUCCCAGUAAUUCAUGCAGUGUGAUCUCCAAGACCAUUGAAGUGUGUGUAGAGAAAGAGGGCAACAGCUUUGGUUUCGUCCUGAGAGGGGGCUUCCAUGAGGACUGGCAUAAGGCUCGACCUCUAGUGGUGACCUACGUCAGGCCCGGAGGACCUGCAGACAGGGAGGGAACCCUGCGCGCCGGCGACCGAGUGUUGAGCGUGAACGGAGUGGCUCUGAACAGACAGAAACAUGCUGACGCUCUGACCCUGAUCAUGCAGAGCGGCCACGAGGCUUUCUUCCUCAUCGAAUACGACAUCGCCGUCAUGGAUUCAGUGCAGAAGUCUUCUGGACCGCUACAGGUGGAGAUAUCUCGCACCACAGGCUCAGUACUGGGACUCAGUCUCACUUCCUCCAUCUACAGGAACAAACAAGUCAUUACAAUCCAGAAGAUCAAACCUGCUAGUAUCGCCGACAGGUGUGGUGCUUUGCAUGUUGGCGAUAUUCUUUUAGCUAUAGAUGGCAUGAGUACAGAGCACUGUUCACUGAUGGAGGCACAACAGCUCCUGUCAAACUCCUCUGAACUCACCAAACUAGAGAUCCUGCCCUCUCAACACACCGUAUCUGUGCACGAUACAGUACGUGUCCAGAAGAGCGGUCACCGUCCAUGGGAUUCGAGCGAGAAGUACAUCACUGCUCCUCCACCCUUUCAGAAGACCCCUUCAGCCUGGAGUCACACCACCCCAACACCAUCACACUGCCGAUCUGUGACGUCUGGAAGCUCCUCAAAUACAUCCGUUCACAGUUAUAACUGCGGGACCCAGUACCCCAACACGUUCCCCAACAACACCCUGCCCUCUUACCCCGCCAGCCCUCGCUGUACGGUCACUAAGAGGAGACCCAGGAGAAGAGACCACAAGAGCUCCUUAUCUCUGGCAUCGAGUACAGUGGGCGCCGGUGGUCAGGUCGUGCAUAUCGAGACCAGUGAGGUGGUUCUGAGAGGAGAUCCUCUUAUCGGCUUUGGGAUUCAGUUACAGGGAGGUGUGUUUGCUACAGAACCGCUGUCAGCGCCCGCCUGUAUCCGAUUUAUAGAGCCCGACACACCUGCUGAGAGGUGUGGAGUGUUACAAGUCGGAGACAGACUUCUUUCAAUUAAUGGAAUUCCGACUGAGGACGGAACACUGGAAGAAGCCAAUCAGCUUCUCCGAGAUGCUGCGCUGACCAAUAAGGUCACGCUGGAGGUGGAGUUUGAAGUUGCAGAGUCAGUUAUCCCCAGCAGUGGCACAUUUCAGGUGAAGAUGCCCAAAAGACGAGGAGUGGAACUGGGUAUUACUAUCAGUGCCAGCAAGAAGCCGGGAAAACCUCUGAUCAUCUCCGAGAUACAGAAAGGCAGUAUUGCACACAGAAUAGGAACGUUGGAGCCAGGUGAUCGUUUAUUGGCUAUUGAUAAUGUUCGACUUGAUAACUGUGGGAUGGAUGAGGCCAUGAUGAUCCUCCAGCAGGCCGAGGGGAUGGUCAAACUGCGCAUUCAGAAAGAUGAAGAUAACCUGGAUGAACUGGAGUCGUCCGGUUCGGUCAUCUUCACCGUAGAGCUCAAGAGACACGGAGGUCCACUCGGAAUCACCAUUUCGGGCACAGAGGAACCCUUCAAUCCCAUUCUGAUCUCCAGCUUGACCCGAAACGGCCUCGCGCACAGGACUGGUGCGCUUCACAUUGGCGAUCGUGUGUUGGCGAUCAAUAACAUGAGUCUGAAGGGAAAACCUCUGAGCGAGGCCAUACAUCUACUGCAGACCGCUGGAGACACCGUCACACUCAAAAUCAAGAAACGCUCUGAUCCUAUGCUAGAGUCGGACAGAGGCAGCCCGUCCAGAUCGGCUUCAUGCGUGAGCGACACGGAGGACGACCAAUCAGAUUCUCUCAGGCGGGGAAAAUACUCUGAACUUCGCCUGACCACACCGACCAGUUUGGAUUCGGCAAUGGACUCGUGGGAUAGCUCUGCUCUGGACCCUGGCUAUGGAAGUCAAGGUGUUUAUAUCCAUAGAGCAAAUGAUUUCGCCCUUCAACCCAAUGACUGGAGACAGACCAAUCCCAGAAGCCCACUGACCUCCAGAAGACACGCCCAUCGAAACGCGGUCUAUGAUGGGAGGUUAGGUGAAGAGGAUUGGACAUACUCUGGAUCUGUCAGUCCCGCACGCUGUUACAACAACAAUACAGACGCUCAGGAGAACUAUUGGUCGCAAGCUCUUCAGGACUUGGAGACCUGUGGCCAGUCCGAAAUCCUCAGAGAGCUUGAGGCCACUAUGAUGUCAGGGAGCACAUUGAGCUUGGGAGAAGACAUUGAAAAGCAAAAUGAAAUCAUGACCAAAGCUCUUGCACCGAGCCCAGAAUGGAUCUCAGAGAACACAGUUGGAUCAGAGUACAUGAGAGACACCAGUCCUUCUCUGCCAUUAGAGCUUCACAAGAUCUGUUUACGGAAAGAUCCUGACAGCAGGGAUUUUGGCUUCAGCGUGUCCGACGGUCUGCUGGAAAAGGGUGUUUACGUGAACAUGAUCCGUCCCGAUGGGCCUGCCGACCAAGCUGGGUUACGCCCAUAUGACCGUAUUCUACAGGUGAAUCACGCACGGACACGUGACUUUGACUGUUGUCUUGCCGUGCCGUUGAUCACAGAAGCCGGAGAGCCGCUGCAGCUUGUCAUAAGCAGAAAUCCUCUCACUCAGGCACACGUUUGGCCACCUAAAGACUGUCAGGACCCUUACAUUGCACUUCCUACACAAAACCCAAAAAGAGUUGACCUCUGAUUUUCAAUCAUGAGCACAAUUUUCAUAGUUUUUUCACAGAACAGUUCUCUCUCUCACUUUCACAGGGUCAAUCUGACACAAACAGUAGCAUUGUUUUUGUGAUUCAUGUCUAAGUUUAUUCAAUAUUAAGGGUCCAAAACCAUUUUCUUCACUACGUUGAUGAUUUCAUCUUCUGUUCGUCUUCCAAGUUUAUUUGACCACUCUGAGAUUAUUGCGCAUAUUUUGUUUUUGUUCACAAAUUGUCACGUGACUUUAUCACACAAGCAGUUCAUAUUUUAUGAAAGCCACUUUUAUAUCUGUUUUGUUUAAAUCCCACAUACAUGUUUAGAUUUUUUGUUAGUAUGAAUGCUAUGAUAAUCCAGAUCUGCAGGUUCUUUCAAAGAGAUGGGUCGCGUGUCGACUGUUAAAAAUAUGCGUAUUCUUAAGAAAUGAAAGCUUGAAAGUAUGACGGUACAAAGAGAGAAGCUACGUGAAUAUGCACUAAAAAACACACUCUUCACAUGCGAGUGUUAUUUUAAUGCAAAUAUUUCAGGUUUAUGUGAGAUGGUUUGGCGAUAGUCUGUCAUUACACAUUUGACAGUUUUAUGACUUUACAUCCUGAUAAGCACCAAGAAUAAAUUCAGAUUUUAAGUAAUCGAAUUCCUUGCAAGGAAUUGGUUUUAAGUGUAACUUUAAAAAGCAAAUAGUAACAAUCCUCUAUUCUGCCUAUGAAGCCCUUUUGUCUGUACUGUAGGUAGUGAAGGAUGUUUAUGUACAAUGUGUAUUUAUUUAUUUUGAAUUAGAAAUUAUAAUUUCCUUUUUAAAUGAAAAAUAAAGUAUAAAACAAGA